AUGCUGAGGAUGCGGACCACGGGGUGGGCGCGCGGCGGCGGCGGCGGCGGGUGCCCGGGCUGCUGCCUCCUCCUCCUCCUCCCCCUCCUCCUCCUGCUCCUCCUGCCGCUUUCGCUCAGCCCGGCGGCCGCCAAGCAGCUCCUCCGGUACCGGCUGGCCGAGGAGGGCCCCGCCGACGUCCGCAUCGGCAACGUGGCCUCGGACCUGGGCAUCGUGACGGGCUCGGGCGAGGUGACGUUCAGCCUGGAGUCGGGCUCCGAGUACCUUAAGAUCGACAACCUGACGGGCGAGCUGAGCACGAGCGAGCGGCGCCUGGACCGCGAGAAGCUGCCCCAGUGUCAGAUGAUCUUCGACGAGAACGAGUGCUUCCUGGACUUCGAGGUGUCGGUGAUCGGGCCGUCGCAGAGCUGGGUGGACCUGUUCGAGGGCCGCGUGGUCGUGCUGGACAUCAACGACAACACGCCCACCUUCCCGUCGCCCGUGCUCACGCUCACGGUGGAGGAGAACCGGCCGGUGGGCACGCUGUACCUGCUGCCCACCGCCACCGACCGCGACUUCGGCCGCAACGGCAUCGAGCGCUACGAGCUGCUGCAGGAGCCGGGCGGCGGCGGCGGCGGCGGCGGCGGAGAGGGUCGGCUGCGCGCCGGGGCUGCCGACAGCGCCCCCUACCCCGGGGGCGGCGGGAACGGCGCGAUCGGAGGCUCCAAGCGGCGCCUGGAUGCCCCGGAGGGAGGAGGAGGAGGCGGCGGUGGAGGCGGCGGAGGGAGCAGCUCCGGCGGCCGCAGCAGCGUGUUCGAGCUGCAGGUGGCCGACACCCCUGACGGUGACAAGCAGCCGCAGCUGAUCGUCAAGGGGCCGCUGGACCGCGAGCAGCGCGACUCGUACGAGCUGACCCUGCGGGUGCGCGACGGCGGCGACCCGCCCCGCUCCUCGCAGGCCAUCCUGCGGGUGCUCAUCACCGACGUCAACGACAACAGCCCCCGCUUCGAGAGGAGCGUGUACGAGGCCGACCUGGCGGAGAACAGCGCCCCGGGCACCCCGAUCCUGCAGCUGCGCGCCGCCGACCUGGACGUGGGGGUCAACGGGCAGAUCGAGUACGUGUUCGGCGCGGCCACCGAGUCGGUGCGGCGGCUGCUGCGCCUGGACGAGGCGUCGGGCUGGCUCAGCGUCCUGCACCGCAUCGACCGCGAGGAGGUGGGCCAGCUGCGCUUCAGCGUCACGGCCCGCGACCGCGGCCAGCCGCCCAAGAGCGACAAGGCCACCGUGGUCCUCGUCAUCCGCGACGAGAACGACAACGUGCCGUCCAUUGAGAUCCGCAAGAUCGGCCGCAUCCCGCUCAAGGACGGGGUCGCCCACGUGGCGGAGGACGUGCUGGUGGACACCCCCAUCGCCCUGGUGCAGGUGUCGGACCGGGACCAAGGGGAGAACGGCGUGGUCACCUGCACCGUGGUCGGGGACGUGCCCUUCCAGCUCAAGCCGGCCAGCGACACGGAGGGCGAGCAGAACAACAAGAAGAAGUACUUCCUGCACACCUCGGCCCCGCUCGACUACGAGGCCACCCGCGAGUUCCACGUGGUCAUCGUGGCCGUGGACUCGGGCAGCCCCAGCCUGUCCAGCAACAACUCGCUGGUCGUCAAGGUCGGGGACACCAACGACAACCCGCCCGUGUUUGACCGGUCGGUGGUGGAGGUGUACUUCCCCGAGAACAACAUCCCUGGGGAGAGGGUGGCCACCGUGCUGGCCACCGACGCCGACAGCGGCAAGAACGCCGAGAUCGCCUACUCGCUGGACCCCUCGGUGGCGGGCGUCUUCGCCAUCGACCCGGACUCCGGCGACAUCCUGGUCCACGCGGUGCUGGACCGCGAGCAGACGGACAGGUACGAGUUCAAAGUGAGCGCCAGGGACAAGGGCGCGCCCCCGCUGCAGGGCAGCGCCACGGUGAUCGUGCAGGUGGCCGACCGCAACGACAACGACCCCAAGUUCAUGCAGGACGUCUUCACCUUCUACGUGAAGGAGAACCUGCAGCCCAACAGCCCCGUGGGCAUGGUCACCGUGAUGGACGCUGACAAGGGGCGCAACGCCGAGAUGAGCCUCUACGUCGAGGAGGAGAGCGGCCACAUCUUCUCCAUCGAGAACGACACGGGCACCAUCUACUCCACCGUGUCCUUCGACCGCGAGCACCAGACCACUUACACGUUCAGGGUCAAGGCGGUGGACGGGGGGGACCCCCCCAGGUCCGCCACGGCCACCGUGUCUCUCUUUGUCAUGGACGAGAACGACAACGCCCCCACCGUGACCCUCCCCAGAAACCUGUCCUACACUUUGCUGCCUCCCUCCAGCAAUGUCAGGACGGUGGUAGCCACGGUGUUGGCCACGGACAGUGACGAUGGCAUCAAUGCAGACCUGAACUACAGCAUCGUGGGAGGGAAUCCCUUCAAGCUCUUUGAGAUUGAUCCCACCAGUGGCGUGGUCUCCCUCGUGGGGAAGCUCACCCAGAAGCACUACGGCUUGCACAGGUUGGUGGUGCAGGUGAAUGACAGCGGGCAGCCUUCCCAGUCCACCACAGCCCUGGUGCACGUGUUUGUCAAUGAAAGUGUCUCCAACGCCACCGUGAUUGACUCCCAGAUAGCCAGGAGCUUGCACACCCCACUCACCCAGGACAUAGCCGGCGACCCAAGCUACGAGAUUAGCAAGCAGAGGCUCAGUAUUGUCAUCGGGGUGGUUGCUGGCAUUAUGACAGUGAUCCUGAUCAUCUUAAUUGUCGUGAUGGCAAGAUACUGCCGGUCCAAAAACAAGAAUGGCUAUGAGGCUGGCAAGAAAGAUCACGAGGACUUUUUUACCCCCCAGCAGCAUGACAAGUCUAAAAAGCCCAAAAAGGACAAGAAAAACAAAAAAUCCAAGCAGCCUCUCUACAGCAGCAUUGUCACUGUAGAAGCUUCCAAACCAAAUGGACAGAGGUACGACAGUAUCAACGAGAAGCUGUCAGACAGCCCCAGCAUGGGCCGGUACCGAUCCGUCAAUGGAGGGCCUGGCAGUCCUGACCUGGCCAGGCAUUACAAAUCCAGCUCCCCAUUGCCUACUGUCCAGCUUCACCCCCAGUCCCCCACCGCAGGGAAAAAACACCAAGCCGUCCAAGAUCUGCCACCAGCCAACACAUUUGUGGGUGCAGGAGACAACAUUUCCAUUGGAUCAGAUCACUGCUCUGAAUACAGCUGUCAAACCAAUAACAAGUACAGCAAACAGCCAUUUCGUAGAGUGACGUUUUCUGUUGUGAGUCAGCCUCAGGACCCACAUCAGGGGUCACUGCAGAGUUGCUAUGACAGCGGGCUGGAGGAGUCAGAAACACCAAGCAGUAAGAGUUCAUCAGGGCCAAGACUGGGUGCCCUUCCACUCCCAGAGGACAACUAUGAGAGGACCACGCCGGAUGGCAGUGUUGGUGAGGCAGAGCAUAUGGAAAAUGAUUCAAGACCUCUUCCAGAUGUAGCCCUGACUGGGAAGUGCACCCGUGAGUGUGAUGAGUACGGCCACUCGGACUCCUGCUGGAUGCCCGUCCGCACUUCCCCAGAGAGGAAGAAGAGCCAGCCCAAACUCUCCACCUUCAUGCCCGUGGAUGAACGAGGGAGCCAGGAGAAGCUGGCCAAUGGCGAGGCCGCCCUCAUGGGCGACCGCAACAGAAACCUCCUGAACAAAAAGUUGACCUCGUCCUACGAGACCUUCAGCGCAGCUAGUUUCAGCAAAAAUGAGGAAGCCAACCCUGAGGAUAUUCCCCUCACCAAAACAGGGGAGUACAAGCCAUCUCCUGUCAAUACCCUCACUAGAAGAGAAGUGUACCUGUAG